UAGAAUAUAGAAUUUCAACGAAGAAACUGCUCGUUUCUUACGAAUGGUCGAGUAAGUAUAGGUAACGAUGGAAUGCGAAAUGGAACAAUUUCGACCGGUUAGUAUCAUACAUAUAGGAACGCAGGUAAAUAGAACGCCUGCGCUUUUGCGAAAACACGAGAUUGUAGUUCGUUAAUGCGCGUCUCCGGUAGUUGUACGGGUGGUACGCUGGUACAUACGUAUGUACAUGUCGCAUGUUAGGGCGGUUAGCGAAAUGAAGUUAGUGGUAUCGUUGCUCCUGUUGCUGUUCGUCGGUUGGUCUAAUUAUUUCGGUCAAUCUCCUCGCUCGGCCCUUCUUCGAUCUCGCAAACGCGCGUACGUUAGUUUCGUUGGACUGGCAAAGUCUCUCUCGACGAACGUUACGAUCGAUUCGUUGCUUCGUUUUCCAACAUUUGACGUUCGGGAAUUGCGUGCGGUUGGUUCCCGAUGUUGAUCGUAAAAUGAAAUGUUGACGAACCAAAGGAAAAAAAAACAAACGUGUUACCCUCAUCGAAUCCCGCGAAACUCUGCUCCAUUUUCGAUGUAGCAUCGUUCGUGACCGAUGAAAAUUCGAGUCCACUGACUGAAACCACCGUUUAUUGUUUUGAUAUGCAAACACAAGGGACAGCAUGUUCGUCGAGAAGCAGGAGAAAUGCAAAUUUUUCUUCCAACUGCCGAUUGGAUACGUUCUAUUCUUCGUUGGCCUAACCAUCGCGAUUGAUUGUUGCGAUGCUAAAGAAAUAGAUACCGAUGGCUUCCAUCGGGGUUGCAAACUGGAAGGAUUACAUCCGCUUUUGAUCGUCACGUACAAAAAUAUCACCGUAUCUGUGGACAAGAUCACGGUGCCGCACGGAGAACGUGUUACCAUUAGAUGCAGAGAACUAGGUAAAUACAAGCUGAUCGGUGAUUCUUUGCUACAUUGUCGCGAUACAACUUGGACCGGUAAAUUACCUUAUUGUGCCCCGACAACGGCGAUAUCCAAUUAUACCGAAGAUGUACCACCGACGAUAGUGUUUGGAUUACCUGCUGGUUCGGCAGCUGUUGAACCAUCCGGUGCUUUGGCUGUCUUUCCUGGAAGCAUUCUUCACUUGGAGUGUCUGUUUGCUAGAAAGCUCGGUAAUCCCGAAUGGACCUGGACCUCUACGUUUCGCCAAUACUUGACAGGUUGGGCGAUUGCUGCUCGUGAAAGAGACUGGAAGUAUAGACUAUCGAUAUAUUAUGCCAAAGUUCAAGAUUCUGGAGUGUACACGUGCUCUACGCCCCGUGGCCUCUCCAAUUCCAUACGUGUUCGUGUCGUUGACGUACAAUGCCCUAUACUAAGCUUACCGGAAUCACCGCUGAUUGGCAAAAUCGAAGGUGCGCGUAUGGGGCACGGAGCAACUUUUGAGUGUCCCGUCGGAUUUCGACUCGAAGGAGCUGCGGGAAUAACGUGUCAGUACAACGGUAAAUGGUCCGCGGAUGUACCGCGAUGCGAAACGAUCGAAUGUUCGUCGGUAGACACCGUUAGCGACGCUUGGUUACAACUUAUCGAAUAUAACAACAGUUUUGGAGGAAAGGCGGUAUUCGCCUGUAUGUGGGGUCAUAAAUUAUUGGGCUCGGAGAGCAUAGAAUGUCAAGGAGAUGGCUCGUGGAGCGGAAAUGUGCCUACUUGCGCCGAAAUAACCUGUCCGCUUCCGUCGAUACCGAAAAGUGGACGCGUCGUCGAGCAAACGAAUCGGCAUCAUUCGGGGCGAAAGCAACGUCAACACCAACAAUCGCAACACCAUCACCAUCAUCAUCAUCAUCAUCAUCAUCGUACUCGAGCGUACAAAGUUGGCUCGCUCGUUCGAUUUGCUUGCUUACCUGGUCAUCAGCUAUUGGGUGAGGCCUCCAUUAUAUGUACGGAGAAUGGAACUUGGUCUCAUCCGUCACCGGUCUGUAAAGUCAGAUGUCCUUAUCCGGGAGAUCCGCCUCAUGGACGUAUCGCACCGCUCAAGUUUUGGUACAAACCCGGUGAUAAUAUACAGGUCACGUGUUCGCCUGGAUACGUGACACCUUUGGAACCCGUUAGGAAACCAACGUGUCGAGAGAACGGGAUAUGGAGUGCCCCACCGCCUCCUUGUAGAUCCUACAAGGAUGUUUGAAGGAAACGAACGAUCGCUACCGUUA